AAAAAAAACGCUAUUAAAAAAUAGUCAUCUAAGUAAAGUCAUAAAACAGCAGUGUUAUGCAAAUUUAUCUUUGCUGAACUGUCGCCCUCCUGCUUUGUCAGUCCCAUCUAUUGUUUAAACAGGGAGGAUAUGAGGAGGAGGGGCAGGGGCUUCUGGAGUGACUGAUGAUCCAUUGUAUAAAGGGCCAACAUUAAAUUUAUGUAAACAACAAAAUGCGUCUCAUUCCUGUAGCUUUAGCUAUCCACAGCGAUAUAGUGCUAACUAUGUAAAAUCAGGCAUCUGCAAUAUUUUAUAUGGAGUAUCCUGAUGACAGCGCUCCUGUGAGCCGGCUUCAGUUUGUAAAUGAAUAUAUUAGCAAUGGCCUCCGCCUCCUUUGAUUUUCCGCUAGCCGUUAGCCAUUAUGGCUCCGCUCUUGCUUUGUGUCCUUUUGCUUUUAGCAUUAGCUUCGAGCUAAGCUAGGCAGACUGUUCAUUUUAAGAGGCAGCCAUUAAAAUGGCUGAUUAGACUUAUUAAAAGGGCAAGACGUUCUGUUUUCACAAACAUUUUAGUUUUCCACAACAUUGUAACUAUCAGUUGUGAUCACUCUAAUAUUUUGUUUUUAAUAUUUCUAUUAAAGUUUUGUUUUAUGUAGGCAUGAUGUCGGAAAAAGAUGCUCCGCCCGUCUCAUCGCAGGCGGGCUGCCUCAGCACCACUCAGCGCUAACCGACCAGCAACUAGCGUUAGCCUCAAACAUACCAGCACAGCCUCAAUAAGCAGCUGCCGUUAACAGGCUAGCACAGUGGGCUAACGUUCAGGGGAGCCAUCCUCUCUGUCAUCUGCUUACACAUGAGGUGACGUUGCUAACGCAGAAUGAGUAGCUUUUAAAUCAAUUACUGGAUAAGUUAUCCUUUGUCUCGUUAGUAGCUGCUAAUGGCAGCCUAGGGCGUCAACGUAGUGAAAUGAGCAUCAUAAACCAGCUUCAUAAAGGGACUUGUUAAGCUCAGUUCUGCCACAUCCAUCCAUUCAUUAUCAAACCCCCAUCUCCACUGUGGGGUUGUGAAGGGUGCUGAUGCCUGUCUCCAGCUUUCAACGGAGGAAAGGCAGGGUACACUCUGAACAGGUCGCCAGUCCAUCACUGCUUUAAUUGUCUAGUCUAAGGUCACAACAGCUUUAAAGAUUUUUGGCAAGAGUGCAAAUGGAGAAAACCACACGCCCUUCAUCAGCUUUAGGAAGAUUGGAAAGCAGACAUAUGACGAGCAUCUUCUCUGAACUGGGAAGUACAAAGCAGAGGAUCAGGAUAAGGGAAACACCAGCAUGGCUGGAGCGGGAGCUGCUGAAACAGAACAAUAGAAGACACUCAAUAGAAGAAUCUAAAACCAGGAGACAACUGCAGCACUGUGCAUUUUCAACUCAUCACUUUGAGAUCAAUGAAAGGAUAUCGUUAGAUGAACUUCAGGAACUGAAAUUGUCCUUUGAGGAAGCUGAUGUGAGUGGGGCAGGAUACACUGAUGCAAAGAAUUUUGGACAUAUACUGAAAAAGUGCUUGGAUGUUUCUGACAUGAGCAAUGAAGAGAUAUAUAAUUUGUUCAAAAAGAUUGAUUACUCUGAUCAACGAAGGAUUUCAUGGAUGGAGUUCUCCACCUAUCUGCUCCAGCAGUACGAAGCAAAGAUGGAAACUGUGAGACGCAGGAAGCAGGCGGCCUUUCAUUUGCCAGCCCUCAUGAACGAUGGUGGACAUGGCGUUCCUGUAGUCAACAUUCACUCCACCCACGAUGGCGGCGUGUUAACAAUGAGAGAAGAUGGAUUCGUUUGUCAGUGGACUCCUGACCUUAAACCUCAGAGGACCAAGCACAUGUUUAGUCAGGGAUCUGGCAAAAGAAGUUCAAAGUGGAUAACCGAUUUCACUAUGAUGUCAGAAUACAACAAGCUGAUGAUCGGAACAGGGGACAGAGAGAUUCAGUUUUAUGAACUUUCCACUUUAGAGCCUUACUGCCAGAUCAGCGGCCUGGAAACUAUACCUUUAACUUUAAGCUACAGCUACAUUGACUCUGAUAAAUGUUGUCUUCUAUAUGGAGACAUGGAGGGAUGUGUUACCAUCAUUUUGCUGUUCCCUGCAGAAGACACCCUCAGGUUGUGGAACAGAUUACCAAAGGCUGAAAAUGUGCCUAAUAUUGCUAUAAAAAAUGCUGUGCUUUCCAAAAACGUGACAUUUGUCAGAUGGAAGGUUCAUCAUGACUGGGUGACACAGGUGAAAUAUUUUCACAAUUUGCCAGCUGUUGUUUCAUCAUCAAAUGAAGAUGCCUCUUCUCUUGUUGUAGGCUGUAUGCUGCCUUCAACAGACUCUGCUCAGCAGCUUAGGGAGAUCAGAGAGAUGUGCUACGAGGGUAAAAACAGGAAGAUCCAACUAAGCUGGACUCCACAUGUCCGUGCAUCUGGGGAUCAGACCAUUUUUUCUAUCUACAAAGGUGUGAAGGCCUUUGACCUUUGUCAGAAGCACAGUUUGCUGGUGACCGGCGGCAUGGACAGACUCAUACGCCUGUGGAACACAUAUUUUUCAGAAAAACCCAUGGGUAUUUUAAAAGGCCACUCUGCUCCCAUUUUCUCCCUUUUCAUCUCAUCAGAGGACGGUCGGAUCUUUUCUAUCUCAAGAGACAACACUGUGAAGAUUUGGCACAUUGAAGAUCAAUGUUGCCUGUUCACAGCCGACCCCACAGCCAGCGGGAUUCAUGGCGAUGUGUCUGCAUGCUCCUAUUCCCCUGCCAUGAGAUCUCUGUACAUCGCAGCAGACUGCAUAGCUGUUCUCCCCUUGAUGUUGAGGCCAAAACCUCACAGUCGCAUCUCUGUUUCUCAUGAUGAGGCUGUAAUGUGCUGUGGCUACAGUGAGGAGUUCCGGCAGGUUGUGAGCUGCAGCAAGGAGGCUGUAGUAAAAGUCUGGGAUUUUGAUACUGGACGACAAGUUUUUGAGUUUUCUGCAACACCAGACCUGACCAGCAUCACCUGUAUGACAUUUGACAUUAAGGGAAGAAGACUCAUCACAGGAGGAAGUAAUGGAUACAUAAAGGUAUGGAACUUCAACAGUGGCCACUGUAUAAAGACAUUAAAGAAAGAGGGUAAAUGCCAGCAGGUGUGUGACUGCACCUUUCUUAAAGUUCAAGGAAAUUCAUAUGUGGUUGCUGUCGGAAGAGACCGGAGGAUUGACAUUUACUCGGAUUCUCCUGAGGAACUUUAUCAUGUCCAGAGACCACAGCCGUCAUGGAAAGAUGAUUUGAAAAAUGGCCAUACAGAGGACAUCCUUUGUGUGGUGCAGUGUCCUCCUUCUCUUCUGGCGACUGGCAGCUACGAUGGAGAGAUCAUAGUUUGGGACACAGAUUCUGGGUCUAUAAACUGUCGGUUUGUUGGACCUCUUUCAGCUGAAGAUCACAACACUAAAGGACUGGACACAAGUGUUCCAAGCAUGGUUUUCAUCAAAAACGUAAGAUUGAUGCAGCUGUCUCUAACUACUGCUCUCCUGACAUCUGGAGUCAGAGGGUGUGUAAAUCUCUGGGAUGUUCUCAAUGGACGGAAGCUUGUGAGCAGCUUCAAAGUUUCGAAAUAUCAACAAAAAAUAACAAGACUGUACAUCACGGAUGAGAAGACACAGCUGUACGCUGCUGAUAGGAUGGGUUACAUCUAUAUUUACAACAUGGAGACGUUUGACCCAGCGCAAAGGUCACCCAGAGCUGAACAUUGCUGGCGUGCCCACACCAGCUCAAUUACCAGCUUACAGAUUGUCACCAGUGAUCAAGUGGUGCUUACCUCGUCCACUGACCACACUGUGAGGCUCUGGAGUGCACGAGGAGAAUUCAUCGGGACAUUUGGCCAGCCUGAGAUGUGGAGCGUCCAGAUUCCCUCAUCCUGGAUUCAUCCAGGUGUCCCCUAUGAGGUUCUGAUUGAUCCUCUCAGUAUGCCACAUCAUGAUAUUCUGAAUAGAAAGUCUCAUCUCUCCGAAGCCAUCAGUUCUGACGUGACUGCGACUGAGAGAGUGGCGCUAAAGGUGAACUGCAAUAUUUCAAAAAUGAUUACCUGAGCUCUUCCUUUUUUCGUCUCUUUUUUUACUGUCACACUGCACCGAUGAUCCUUUGAAUUUCAUCAGUUACGCUGACAAUGAGGGAGAUUUAGGAGCACAUUUCACCCAGAGGAAUAGGAGUCUGGCUUGGAUUAUAACCAUUUCAAUAGAACAGACCGCUCCACACAUGUACUGCCUGUUCAACUCCUGACUCAGACUAAAAGAAUGGAUUGGUAUUUGGAGGGACUGUAUUUUCUGCUUUAUUUCAGACUGUGUGAGGAAAUUGACUGGAAUACCAACAUACCAUCAAACAACUUCUCCCUGAAUGGCUUCUGGACCUUGGAGCAACUGAAUACCUGUGAACCACCCAGACUCUCUCUCUGGUAUUGAUCCAUUUAUCAGCCUCAUAAGGAAACUGUAAUUAACUGACUGAGAUGAAAACAUAUAUCAACAUGUAACAUUAUAUCAAAACUAAGAAAGUGGGUAAUUUGCAAUGUUAUGAAUCAACAUAUGUUCUGUUGUUUAACACAACUCGGAUGUGCUGGAAUAAAGCUGUGAACGGAGAAACCAAAACUCUGGUGACCUCGGACUUCGAAAAACACAUUUCAACAGAUGUCCAGUUCAAACUCAGUUUAGUGACUUUCAAGAAAGCUUAAUUGAAUCCAAUGUAAACAACCUUUCUGUGUUCUUUUCAUUUGGCUUGUGUGCUUGUUAGUAUGCAUUGCUCCAAUACACUCUGACUUCCUCCCAAAGUCCAAAGACAUUUUUGUUGGGUUAAUUAAUCUCUCUAAAUUACGUUGAACUUUGUUAGUGUGUGUGCAUGGUUCUCUGUCCUGUGAGUCUUUGGGUUGUGAAGUACUGGGCACUAAUGCCACUUUUAAAUCACCUUCAGGCCCCUAAGAUCCCCUGCAACUCAGCAUGAAAGCAGCUACAGUUAAUAGAUGGAUGAAUGGAUGAAACCUCUCACACAUAAAAUUUGAAUAAAAUACACUUACGUUUAUGACUUUAUUGUUAAAAUGCAUAAUGAUUCAAGUUAUAUGAAUAUCUUUUC